UCUGCUGAGGCCUCCAUCCACAGAAACAUGUCAGUCAACUCCUCUUCCUCUGCUGACCUCUCCCUUCUUCCUCCUCUCUUCUCCUCCUCUAACUCCUCCCUCCAUCCUCCCAUCAACUCCUGUUUCAGGACCAAAGCGAGCAUCUUUGCCUUCUCUGCUUUCUUCAUCACCAGCCUCCUCCUCUUCCUCCCGCUCUUCAUCUUCGUCCUGUACCUGGGAUACCAGCAGUGGAGGAAGCAGCGCUUCGUUUCCACAGCAGCAGAUCUCUUCCUCUAUCACUCCAUCGCCAUGGAGCUGAAUUCAUUCUUGGGGUUCAGCUUCUUCUUCUGUGGUGGAUUCUUCAACCUCCAGGUGAUGAUGUCGGCAGGGCUCUGCCUCUGGUCCAUCACCUCCCUCGGACAGGCUCUCUUUCACAUCCUCACCUGUGUGGAGCGCUACCUGGCCGUGGUUCACCCCAUCACGUACCGGGGGCUGAGACAGGGGGGCGGGGCCCGGAUCAGGAACAUCAGCACCGGAUGCGUCUGGCUGCUGUGUUCGGGAUGGAUGACCGUACUGAACCUAACCGGCCCUGAGUUCACGAUGGUCCUGUAUCUGUGCAUCAUGGUCUCCCUCUUGGUCGUCAUGUCUUUCUGCAGCAUCUCAGUUCUCCGCGCUCUCAAGCGUCCAGGGCCAGGGGAGGUGGGCGGGAACAGGGAGCGGGCGGACCAAUCCAAGCAGAGGGCUUUCCACACCAUCGUGGCUAUAAUGGGAGUGCUGCUGUUCAGGUUCGGGGGGAAUCUGAUCGGCAACUUGCUGUUCAGCUCGUCGGCGCUGGAGCCCAGCGACCUCUGUGUGGUGCGGCUGUCUGCGUUCUGGUUAGAUCUGCCCAGCAGUUUGGUUUUACCUCUGCUGUUCCUGCACCGGGCCGGGAAGCUACGGUGCUGCAAGAGGAGUGGAGCAGAGGAACUGGGCUGA